UACAGGAUCUAAAUAUGUUUCCUACAAAUCAUAAAACCAUUUUCGUUCUUGAUCAUACGCCAUACUUCGGCAUAUCGUCGGACAAUCCAAUAGACUUCGAUGUGUCUAAAAGCCGGGGCCCUGGCUAUGUUCCUUUACCGCCUGUAUGUAAGUCUCUAUGGACUUGCAGUGUGGAAGCGGCAGUUGAAUACUGCCGAAUAGUAUGGGAUCUAUUUCCUGAAGGCAAGCUGGUCAGAUUUGUUGUCAGUGAUUCUGCAGCACACAUCCUCAAUACUUGGGUUACAACACAACAGAACUUAACCCAUAUCCUAAAUGGCUUAUGCCUUGUGGGAGCUGUCCGACAAGGCGCUGGAGGUGAUGUCGUGGGCCUCUGUGCCGCCAUUGAAGCCCUAAGCGAGCCAUCACCAACACAAUCUGCUAGACCAAACUCGGAAGCACUUUUCCAGAAUAGAGGUCGAAUAAUCUGCAUAACCAGCGCAAGAGAUGAUGACUCCAUAAGGAGUCUGGCAGAGAUAGCAUUGAAUGCUAUCAUCCAACAGAACAAGAAGGCUUCCAGUCAACCCAGUACCUCAGAGUCGACCAGUACUGCGCAGCCACAGUCCUACCCUAUUCAGUAUUGCCAUUUAGUAAUAAUAAAUGUUACUCCAGAGAAAGCCGAAAUCAGAGUGAAUAACCAACCUUUAACAGAGAUGGGGAAUGGACUGAUGGGUGUCGAAGUAAUUGUAUCCAGAGCCAGCGCGCUGGCAACACUGCUCGGCCGGUUAGUGUUGCCACAUUACAAGCUGGUCACCACCACUGUCACCGGGAUACCGAUGAAGGAAGAGCAAAACGCCAGCUCCAGUGCGAAUUACGACGUAGAGAUUAUUCACUCAGCUGAAGCGCACGCCGGUCUCCGGGCGGCGCAGACCGCGGCGGAAGCCACGGAAUCUGUGGUGCUGCGCUGGUGGACGCCGCGCGGCGCGGGCGCGGAGGGCGGCGCGGGCGGCUGCGGCGGGCCGCUGUGGCGCGUGACGCCGGCCGACGUGGCCUCGCGCCCCUCCGCCUGCCUCGUCAACUUCCUGCUCAACGGCCGCUCCGUCACGCUCGAGGUGCCCAGGUACGACGCUCCCGCGUGCGCCUACUCCACGCGUGCUGUACGACGCUCCCGCGUGCGCCUACUCCACGCGUGCUGUAGCGCUGUAGGGCGGCUGCGGCGGGCCGCUGUGGCGCGUGACGCCGGCCGACGUGGCCUCGCGCCCUCCGCCUGCCUCGUCAACUUCCUGCUCAACGGCCGCUCCGUCACGCUCGAGGUGCCCAGCGCUGUAGGGCGGCUGCGGCGGGCCGCUGUGGCGCGUGACGCCGGCCGACGUGGCCUCGCGCCCCUCCGCCUGCCUCGUCAACUUCCUGCUCAACGGCCGCUCCGUCACGCUCGAGGUGCCCAGGUACGACGCUCCCGCGUGCGCCUACUCCACGCGUGCUGUAGCGCUGUAGGGCGGCUGCGGCGGGCCGCUGUGGCGCGUGACGCCGGCCGACGUGGCCUCGCGCCCCUCCGCCUGCCUCGUCAACUUCCUGCUCAACGGCCGCUCCGUCACGCUCGAGGUGCCCAGGUACGACGCUCCCGCGUGCGCCUACUCCACGCGUGCUGUAGCGCUGUAGGGCGGCUGCGGCGGGCCGCUGUGGCGCGUGACGCCGGCCGACGUGGCCUCGCGCCCCUCCGCCUGCCUCGUCAACUUCCUGCUCAACGGCCGCUCCGUCACGCUCGAGGUGCCCAGGUACGACGCUCCCGCGUGCGCCUACUCCACGCGUGCUGUAGCGCUGUAGGGCGGCUGCGGCGGGCCGCUGUGGCGCGUGACGCCGGCCGACGUGGCCUCGCGCCCCUCCGCCUGCCUCGUCAACUUCCUGCUCAACGGCCGCUCCGUCACGCUCGAGGUGCCCAGGUACGACGCUCCCGCGUGCGCCUACUCCACGCGUGCUGUAGCGCUGUAGGGCGGCUGCGGCGGGCCGCUGUGGCGCGUGACGCCGGCCGACGUGGCCUCGCGCCCCUCCGCCUGCCUCGUCAACUUCCUGCUCAACGGCCGCUCCGUCACGCUCGAGGUGCCCAGGUACGACGCUCCCGCGUGCGCCUACUCCACGCGUGCUGUAGCGCUGUAGGGCGGCUGCGGCGGGCCGCUGUGGCGCGUGACGCCGGCCGACGUGGCCUCGCGCCCCUCCGCCUGCCUCGUCAACUUCCUGCUCAACGGCCGCUCCGUCACGCUCGAGGUGCCCAGGUACGACGCUCCCGCGUGCGCCUACUCCACGCGUGCUGUAGCGCUGUAGGGCGGCUGCGGCGGGCCGCUGUGGCGCGUGACGCCGGCCGACGUGGCCUCGCGCCCCUCCGCCUGCCUCGUCAACUUCCUGCUCAACGGCCGCUCCGUCACGCUCGAGGUGCCCAGGUACGACGCUCCCGCGUGCGCCUACUCCACGCGUGCUGUAGCGCUGUAGGGCGGCUGCGGCGGGCCGCUGUGGCGCGUGACGCCGGCCGACGUGGCCUCGCGCCCUCCGCCUGCCUCGUCAACUUCCUGCUCAACGGCCGCUCCGUCACGCUCGAGGGCGGCUGCGGCGGGCCGCUGUGGCGCGUGACGCCGGCCGACGUGGCCUCGCGCCCCUCCGCCUGCCUCGUCAACUUCCUGCUCAACGGCCGCUCCGUCACGCUCGAGGUGCCCAGGUACGACGCUCCCGCGUGCGCCUACUCCACGCGCCUACUCUACUGCAUGCUGUGGAUACCCCGGCUACACCCUUCUAACAUACACUUUGUCUACACCCCGCUACAGUACUCCGGCUACACCCUUCUAACGUACACUCUGGCUACACUCCGCUACAUCACUCCGGCUACACCCCGCUACAGGAUAAAAGAGUUCGGCGCGCUAAUGCAACAAAACCGACUGUUCCCGCUUCGUGGCACCGGCGCGAACGCGCGCGCUAAGGCGCGCCUGCAGCGACAUACCACCUACUGGCCACUCACCAUCUCUUCCACGCUCGUCUUCAACUUAGGCUCUGUGAUGGAGCCGCUGACUCGCCUGGUGGUGCAAGCACUGACGGAGGACGAGGUGGACACGUGCCGCGGCGUGCUGCUGUCGCUGCUGGGAAUGGAGUCGCGACACGAGUUCCCCACCGCACAACUCCCUUCCAACUUGAGAGGCAAGUCGAGCAGCCGUCGGGAAGAGCAGUGGCGGCAGGUGUGGAGCGAGCUGGAGGCGCUGGUGCGCGCGCACUCCGCCUCGCCCGCGCACCGCGCGCUGCUGCGCACGCUGCUCGAGUGCCGCGCGCACAACCACCAGGACAGCGACAACCGGGCCUCCGUAAUCCGAGCGACGACGGACUCGCCGCUGUCGCCGACGGGCGCGGGCGCGGCGCCGACGGACGUGUGGGCGGCGCGCGGCGUGCUGGACGCGCUGCUGGCCGCGCCGCGCCCGCCGCGGCGCCCCGACUUCGCGGGCCGCAUGGCCGCCGGCGCCCGCCAGGCCGUCCUGUAUCAACAUCUACAGCAGGACGUCGAGGCGCAGCAUUGAUCGUGUUGUCGAUACUUGUCGAUUGCGAUUUUAUGCUAUGCGAUUUUAGAUAUUUUGCACAGCCAUCAAAUACCGCAAAAAACUCGUAUGCGACUCGUACCGUCCGAAUGGGCCCUGACGGGCUAGAUGCGCCGCGACCGUCGAGAACGCUUAACGGGCGGGAUUACUACACUACCGACUGUGCCAGACCGGUCAUUAUACUCAUUAUGAUAUGAUCGAUUACUAAAGACACGCCGGCAGACCCGAUAUUGGGCACCGUUUUUGAUAGUGUUUUUUUGUUUCAUGAAAUGGAAGGCAAACGAGCGGCUAGGUCGCCUGAUGGUAAGCGAUCACACCCGUAACACCGUCACGGAUUCGAUGUGCGUUGCCAGCUUUGAUGAGUAUACACUCUUUUCUGCGGCGGUAAUGAAUAAAUUAACCCACUUCAGCUAAAGGACGUUCUUAAAUGUCGGUUCCCAUUGUAAAGUCCUAGACCACCAAAAUAGUGUGUAAAUGUAAAUAAUUUGUAUAAUUGAGGGUAAAAACUUAUUAAAACUUUUAGUAUUUUGUGUAAAUGCAAGGUGUAAAUAACCUGUGUAACAACAAUUCAUCGAUUGUGUGGUAAUCAAUGCUAUUAUAAGUUGUAAAGGGAAAAUAAUGAAAAUGAACAUAAUGAGCGUAUUGUGUGCUUGUUUUAUGUCCGUGUGCCUGCACGUGUAAGUCAGUAAUAAAUAAUUAUUUGUUGCA